AUGCUGAUCGUGUUAACGUUUUGCGUUUUCAUGACUUUUUCAAUGUUAAUUUACGUUAUGAAAAUGACGGAAAAGUGCGACGAUGCAUCUAAUGAAAUGUGCAUUCACAUACGAGAUAAUACAGGAUUCAUGUCAAAUCAAAUGAUAAAACCAUCCAUUUCGCCAUUAAGUAAAUUUCAAGAAAUAUUUACUACGGAAAGGAUAUUAAACGAAACGAUUGAAAAAAAAACAAUGUUCAAAAAUUAUUCUUAUGAUAAAUUUAAAACAACGAAUUCAUCAAUGAACGAAACGAAUUUGAAAAUAUUAAGGAACAACCUGGAUAGCAGCGAAUAUGAAAAUAACAAAGGACAAAUUGAAAUGAAGGAUGAACAUGAUAAUUUUAACAAUCUCAGAAUAAAAAAAAUACAAGGGGAAAAUUCGAGUUGGGAAAAAAUUUACGAAAAAAGAUAUAGAAACCUCGAAAACAUAUGUUCUAAAUAUUUCGAUUCGAAAAGAUUAUUAAAAACGAAAAAAAUGAAAUUAAAUCACGUUUUGAUUGAUGAAAAACAUAAGAUAUUAUAUUGUUACGUUCCCAAAGUCGCUUGCACUAAUUGGAAAAGAAUAUUUCUCGUGCUCACGGGAAAAGCGGAAAAUUUUUCCCAAGUCAUUAAUUUACCCGCGAGUCAAAUUCACAAUAAAAAUCUAUUCAAAAGUUUACAAAAUUAUUCGGUAACGGAAAUAUUAAACAUGACGAACGAAUAUACGAAAUUUAUAUUCGUUCGUCAUCCGUUCGAAAGACUUCUUUCCGCGUAUAGAAACAAAUUGGAACAACAUUACGACAGUUCGAAAUAUUUUCAAGCACGUUUCGGUAAAUACAUAAUAAAAAAUUUUAGAAAAAAUCCAACGAACGUUUCACUCGCCAAAGGUGAUGACGUCACAUUUUCCGAAUUUGUCAAUUACAUUGUAUCGAGCGAUCCGAAUCGUUAUAACGAACAUUGGCAAAGAAUGACGGAUCUUUGUCAUCCGUGUUUGAUAAAAUAUGAUUUCAUUGGGAAAUACGAGAACAUUAUACAGGAUUCGAAUUUUUUACUGAAAAGUUUCGGUACGUCGUUGAAAUUUCCCAAAUUGUCAAAACCCUCGACUACGGCAUCGAAUUUGGCAAAAUAUUACGGAACGCUAGAAAGGAAAACGAUAUUAAAAUUAUAUAGAAUAUACGAAAUGGAUUUUAGAUUGUUCGAUUACGAUGUAUCGAUUAUCGAUAAAUCGUAA